GAGAGGCCAGCUGCCAGAGGCAGUGAGAAGGCAAUUCCUGGCUGGUGGUUAGCAUCAGAACAGACAAGCAAACUGAGGCAUGGAGAGUUCAACUGAUUUGCUCAAGACUGAAGUCCAGAGUGUGUGUAUCUUUCCAUGUGUCAGGAUGUUGGGCUGGGUCCAGAAAGUGCUGCCUCAACCCCCAGGGACACCUCAGAAGACCAAGCAGGAGGAGGAGGAGUUGGCACCGGAGCAGGAGCCUGAAGCAGCCCCUGAGGAGGCUGAGCUCAGGGAUGAGGCCCUGGAGCCACUCGAGAGGGAGGAAGAGGCUGCAGCUGACACAGGCCCUCAAGAAAUCCAGGAGGCUGCCCCUACUCUGCCCACAAACCACCAGGCCCAGGUCGCUGUGGUUCCUCAAGUGAACAGCAGUCCCAGAGGCUGGGUGCUGACCUGGCUCAGCAAGCGUGUGGAGAAGGUUAUCCCGCAGCCUGUCUAUGGUGGCGGGCAAGCCCCGAGCAAUGCUGCUGGCUUGGAGGGCCUUGCUCAGGCAGAGGCGCAAGUCCUUGGGCACCGCAGCGCUGGGGGCUCAGAUGGACCCAAAGAGGCCACCGGGGCUCAGGACACAGGGCCCAGGCCCUGGCUGCUCAGGUGGCUUGAGCAGAGUCUGGAGAAAGUGCUACCUCAGCCUCCAAAAGCCUCUGAGGGCUGGGGACAGGAGACUGCAGAGGCUGCUUUGGUCCCAGAGCCCCCAGAAUCCCCCUUGGAAAAGGAGCCUAUGCUGCAGGCCCCAGAGAGCCCCCCCUUGCCCACUUCUGGCCCCCCAGAGCCUGAGGAGGAGCCUACUCCAGAGCCCCAGCCCGGUCUCCAGGCUUCCUCCCUGCUGCCCCCGGGGGACCCUGCCAGGUUGGUGGCAUGGCUCUUGCACAGGCUGGACAUGGCCCUGCCACAGCCAGUGCCUCAUGGAAAGGCUGGGGAACAGGAGCCUGACUCCCCUGUGAUGUGUGAUGUGCAGACCAUCAGCAUCCUCCCUGGAGGGCAAGAGGAGCCUGAUCUCAUUCUAGAAGAAGUCGACCCUUGCUGGGAGGAGGACAAGCAUCAGGAUGGCAGCACCAGCCUACAGGGCUCAGAGGCAGCGCCAGCUUAUGAAGAGGAGAACAAGGCCAUGGAAGAGAUGCCCAGGGAGUUGCCCCAGAUACAAGAAGAGAAAGAAGAAGAGGAGGAGGAGGAAGAUGGAGAGGAGGAAGGGGAAGAGGAGCAGGAGGAACCUGAUGUCCUGCUGGAUAGCUGUCUGGUGGCACAGGCUGAUGAGGACCCAAGCGGAGUAGGCAGGACCCAGCCCCAGAGGGCCUCACACCAGGAGCUGCAGAAGGAGGCUGUGGCCGCCAGCUCAGGAGUGCCUGCUGCAAAAGAGCUCCCAGAAGUGCAGGUGGAAGAUGCUGAUGCUGACAGCCAGCCCCUCAUCGUGGAGGAGGGUCCACCCUCACCUGUACUGCCAACACCUUCUCCUGCCAAUUUUGACACACUUACAGUACCAGGAUCUGCUGCAGGAACCCACAGGAAAAGGCUGCCCUCUCAAGAUGACGAAGUUGAAGAGCUUAAGGCACUGUCACAAUCUGAGUCCCCUGUGGUCGCCUGGUCAGACCCCCCUACCCCACAGGACACUGAUGGCCAGGACCGCGCAGCCUCCACAGCCAGCCAUAACAGUGCCGUCAUCAAUGACCGGCUCCAGGAGCUGGUGAAGCUUUUCAAGGAGCGGACGGAGAAAGUGAAGGAGAAGCUCAUCGACCCUGAUGUCACCUCGGAUGAGGAGAGCCCCAAGCCCUCUCCAGCCAAGAAAGCCCCAGAACCGGCCCCAGAAGUGAAGCCAGCUGAGGUGGGACAGGUGGAGGAGGAGCAUUACUGUGACAUGCUCUGUUGCAAGUUCAAACGCCGCCCCUGGAAGAAGUACCAGUUUCCCCAGAGCAUUGAUCCACUGACCAACCUGAUGUACAUCCUGUGGCUGUUCUUCGUGGUGCUGGCCUGGAAUUGGAACUGCUGGCUGAUUCCUGUGCGCUGGGCCUUCCCCUACCAGACACCAGACAAUAUCCACCUUUGGCUGCUGAUGGAUUACCUGUGCGACCUCGUCUACCUCCUGGACAUCACCGUGUUCCAGAUGCGCCUACAGUUUGUCAGAGGAGGGGACAUCAUUACGGACAAAAAGGACAUGCGCAAUAACUACCUGAAAUCUCGCCGCUUUAAGAUGGACAUGCUCUGCCUCCUGCCCUUGGACUUUCUCUACUUGAAAUUCGGUGUGAAUCCCCUUCUGCGCUUGCCCCGCUGUUUGAAGUACAUGGCCUUCUUUGAGUUUAACAACCGCCUGGAAGCCAUCCUCAGCAAAGCCUACGUUUACAGGGUUAUCAGGACCACAGCCUACUUGCUCUACAGUUUACACUUGAACUCAUGUCUGUAUUACUGGGCGUCAGCCUAUCAGGGCAUCGGCUCCACUCACUGGGUUUAUGAUGGCGUGGGAAACAGUUAUGUUCGCUGUUACUACUGGGCUGUGAAGACCCUCAUCACCAUUGGUGGGCUGCCCGACCCCCAGACACUCUUUGAAAUUGUCUUCCAGCUGCUGAACUAUUUCACAGGUGUCUUCGCUUUCUCCGUGAUGAUUGGACAGAUGAGAGACGUGGUGGGGGCCGCCACCGCCGGACAGUCCUACUACCGCAGCUGCAUGGACAGCACAGUGAAGUACAUGAAUUUCUACAAGAUCCCUAGGUCCGUGCAGAACCGGGUCAAGACCUGGUACGAAUAUACCUGGCACUCCCAAGGCAUGCUGGAUGAGUCAGAGCUGAUGGUGCAACUCCCAGACAAGAUGCGGCUGGACCUCGCCAUCGACGUAAACUAUGACAUUGUCAGCAAAGUGGCACUCUUCCAGGGCUGUGACAGACAGAUGAUCUUUGACAUGCUGAAGAGGCUUCGCUCUGUCGUCUACCUGCCCAAUGACUACGUGUGCAAGAAGGGAGAGAUAGGCCGGGAGAUGUACAUCAUCCAGGCGGGACAGGUGCGGGUCUUGGGUGGCCCCGAUGGGAAGUCUGUGCUGGUGACGCUGAAAGCUGGAUCUGUGUUUGGAGAAAUAAGCUUGCUGGCCGUCGGGGGUGGGAAUCGGCGCACGGCCAACGUGGUGGCCCACGGGUUUACCAACCUCUUCAUUCUGGAUAAGAAGGACCUGAACGAAAUUUUGGUGCAUUAUCCUGAGUCUCAAAAGUUACUCCGGAAGAAGGCCAGGCGCAUGCUGAGAAAUAACAACAAGCCCAAGGAACAGAAGAGUGUGCUCAUCCUUCCUCUCCGGGCCGGCACCCCCAAGCUCUUCAGUGCUGCCCUGGCUGCAGCGGGGAAGAUGGGGGCCAAAGGGGCAAAAGGCGGCAAGCUCGCCCACCUCAGGGCUCGACUGAGAGAGCUGGCCGCGCUGGAGGCGGCUGCGAGACAGCAACAGCUGCUGGAACAGGCGAAGAGCUCGGAAGCAGCCGCUGGAGAGGCGGGCUCGGCCGCCCCCUACCCGCCCGCGGCCCCCGCAGACACCGCCCCCGACCCGCCCGAGGCCCCCGCAGACACCGCCGACCCGCCCGCGGCCCCCAGCUCUCCGCCACCUGCCCCCCCUGGGAGGUCUGAGGAAGGCGGGGAGCGGGCAGCCGGGCCCGAGGAGCAGUUGGCGCGGAUCCGCGUGAGCCCGGGCCCGGACCCCGGCGAGCAGAUCCCGUCGGUGGAGAUCCCGGAGGAGAAGGAGUGAGGCGGCGGCCAGCGCGCAGCCGGCAGGUGCGCCCGGGUCCCUCGUGCCGCCCGCCCCCCUCCCCAGACCGACGCGCGCGGCCGCAGUAGCGGCCACAGUCGCCCUCAGCUAAGCGCCCGGGUGGCGCUCCUGCCCUGAAAUCAGCGUCUCCCGAGGGAUGGCCUUGAAAUCUACACAUAUCCUAGUGUUCGCGUCCUUAGAUUCCCACGGUCACUUGAGAACCCUACCCCUCCCCAACUGUUACAGUUUUCAAGAAAAAAUUCUUUUCUGUUUUGAAAGUUCAGAGCCGAGGACAGAAUGGAGCUUCAACACCAUGGGAAGCUUUGUUGGAGCUCAGAAGGAUUAUUGAACGGGGUUUCCCUUCAGGAAUUUAUCUCCCACCUUACUAGGGCAGAAACUCCUCAGCAGAAAGGAGGGCAGCUGUGCUGUUCGUCUAACUAAAUGGGAAUUACCGUACAUCUGACCCACGGGCCGGAUGCUAUUUUUCUUGGCUGGGCAGUCACAUCAGGAACGAGAUGCUUCUCGUAUGAGUGGUUUAGCACUUACCUCCCCAGACUACAUUCAUUUCCCAGCCCAAUGCUAUUAUCUCAGAUAAAAUGGAAAUGGACUUACUGGCAAGGGCUGCGAGGAUUUCUGAGCAUCCCCUCUACCAGUCACCCAGUUCUCUGCAGAGAUUCAUCUGUUACUUGCUGACACCCUUGAUAGAGAAAUGAUGGUAGCAACUUCGAUUAAUCCUAGGAGAUGAAAUCUCAUAGCUGACACCAGUGAAGUUCCUGCAGUUUCUCCGGAUCAUGUCAUGUUGCUUUUAGGAUUCUAAAAAAACAAAAGGACUGUAAUUCCAAUAGGUUCUACGCAUUUUGUAUAAAAUCACAGGAACAUUGUGAACUGCUUAAGGGCCCCCUGAGGGCUUGCAAAUGUGUGUAUUUGUCCAUCAACCUAAAAGCAAAACAUUUGUGUCCCCUGUGAAAAAAUUUUUUAAUUAUGGAAGUUCCUGGUCUAAGCAUUUCCAAAUUCUAGGAUAACAAACAUUUACCUAGUUAAGAACAUGUCACAUGAUCUGAGUAAUCAUCACAUUGAAUGCAAUGAUGAACAAUAUUUUAGCCUUUUAAAAAGCCUAUAUUAAUUUAUUUUAAUAGGUAAUAAUGUAUUUACAUGGAUGGAAAAGGUUACCCAGUAAACAUUCUCCCUCCUACCCCUGGCUCCCAACUUCCCUGACCGUCUUCCAUGAAGCAACCGUGAUUGUAAGUUUCUUGGGUAUCAUUUCAGGGAUAGUUGAAGCUUACACAAGAAAAUGUGUUCAUUCAUUCUUAUUCUUCUCCUUUACUUUUUUACACCUAUGGCAACAUACUAGGGCCACUGUUAUUUUUUUACUUGAUUUAAUUUGGAAAUACUUCCCUCUCAGUACAUAAAGGGCAUGCUGUCUAGUCCAUUGUAUGGAAGUACCAUAACAUUUAACUGCUCUCCCAUUGAUGUGCAUUUGAAUUGUUUCCAAUCUCAUGCUGUUAAAAAUAAUGCUGCAAUAAAAAAAAUCUUGUACGGGCAUAGUUUCACUGGUAAACAUUGUUUUUAAAUAGGGGGCGUAUGGAGGUUUGGGCUAAUUUUUUUCUGUACCAUCCUCAUUUAUCAUUUCUGUGUUUGCACUGCAUACUCUAAGAUCCAAGCAUAGAGAAUGCUUCCUUCUUUAGCAAGUAUUUCAGAUAGGUCAAUAAAGUAAAUGUCUUGCCCUUCAGUAGAUGGCAAAAUGUUGCAAGGGCACCUUCACUGUGAGAUCCUAUUUUAUAAGGAAUCUUUUUUUAUAUGAAUGUACUUAUUCUUUCAGAUAUCAACCCUUGAAUGUAUACUGCUUAUUAUAUAAAGCGAGAGAUUCUUGAGGUUCCCAAGAGUUGCCCUGGAAAGAAAAUUGAUUUUGAAAGGAGAUUAGCAGUGUCUUAAUUUCACUGAGAGAUCUCAUUAAACUUGACAGCUUCACAAACUUGGAUAUUAGAUAAAUUGAAUUUGAGGCUGACAUUAUUCUCCAAACAGAAUUGGACUAGUUGAUUGCCAAGGUAUGGAUGGCAAACCUCAGAAAUACUGUAAUUCUGCAGCUGAAACAGGAUCUUUAUUUAAUGUGUAUUGAAUCCCUACUAAUUUAAAAUGUCCCAACAUUUCUUGCAUUUUGGUAGAAAAUGAAUAGCAAAUUAUUUUUUUAACUACAUAAAUAUUUUAAGUCAUAUUAAUACUGAGAAGCUGUUUAAAAUUUCAUUAUCAAAAUAUGUUUGGCUACCUGCAAUAUUUUCUUAGUAAACACGAACACUGCGUUUACACCCUGGCCUUCAUCCUGUUACAAUGCAUUUU